GAUUGUUCUAGCAAACCUGCUCUAGCAAUAUAUGUUAAGGUUGAACAAGAUUAUUUACCGGUACUCAAUGCUACUGUCACAGCUAUCGUUUCAUCAGAAUCGUCUUCCACGACAUUAUCUCUUUUCGACAACGGUUCGGGUUGCGACCUUAUGAAAGAUGACGGAGCAUAUUCAGGAUGCUUCACGGAUUUCCGAAAUAAUGGUAGACAUGAUGUCAAGGUCAAUGUUCUAGGAUACAUUGAUGUAGAAGGAGGAUCAUGGAGAGAGAGGAGGUCAGCUGACUCUAGCGAUUCCGUUCCGGCAGCGGCACCAUCUUUCAUGCGUACAGCAUCAGGAGGUGUCUUCAAGGUCGAAGGCUACGACCCUGAAGCUCCAGACAUCCUGCCACCGUCCCGUAUCCAUGACCUGGUGUAUACCUCAUUCUCAUACGAUAACAGCACAGUGACACUCAGCUGGACUGCUGUAGGAGAUGACCUAGACCAAGGAACGGCAUCCAGAUACGAGCUCCGCUAUUCUACCAAUAUCUCUGACCUCCAAAACAACUUUGGCAGUUGUCAUGAAGUUACAAGUGAUCAACUCGUCUACGGGAACCUCGAAAACAUCAAACCAUCAGGGCUUACUGAAACCAUCACCGUCACCCUUCCAGAAAGAGGGCAAGGUAUUGUGUACAACUUCGCAAUAAGGGCGUGGGAUGAGGCAGGGAAUGAAGGAGAUCUGUCGAAUUUCGCUUCCUUGUCAAUCCGCUUUAUACCAGAGCCUAUCGAACCAACUACCCAAGACCAAUCAUCCACCAAUCCGACAAGACUAGGUGAACCAUCUACCAAUCUUACUACACCAGACGGGUCGUAUUCCAAACCGACUAAUGAACAAGAAUUUCAUCCCGAUAAGAAAUACAUCGGUAUAUGGUGCGUGGUCGUAGCGGGGAUCCUUGCUGCUGGAAUUUGCAUUCCUAUCGUUUGCGUUUGGAUCUUCUCUUACAGACGCAAGUAUCCCGUGAAAUUCAAAACAGAGGAUGGUAUCCAAGUUGGAGGGGUGGAGAAAUUAAAUCCAACCUAUAGCAACCCCACUUUUGCUCCCAUAAUAUAA